AUGUCGAAAGCAACAAGUCUCAACGGCAGUGAGAGCGAGUUCGAGUUCAUCGAGACGCCCAAGGCCACUCCUCCCUCAUUCGAGAAGGAAGAGAAUUGCGGUGUCCGCACUACCAAGUACCCUUCCAUCAAGAAUGCACCUCUUCCCGCCGAUGGCCCAGGCUCCGACUCGUUCAGCAACACUGUUCUCAUUUCCCUUCUACUCGGAGUACCAUACUAUUUGAAAUGGAAGUUUGGCGGUGGGCUCAAGACUUUCGUAUUUUUCGCUCUGCUCGUCGAUCUUCCUCUUCUGGCCGCGUGGUGGCUCGUCAUUUCUACGAUUAGCCCUCGCCGCAAUGAGAAGGCGAAGCUUCCCGGCCGUCCGGUUGAAUUCUACCUCGACUUUAAAAAGGAAGCUGAUCGUGCCAAGUACCGUGGUUUGAACAAGAUCCCAAUGGAGACUUUCCAUGAAAUGUACUUUGAUGGAGAUGUUGAUUUCAAGGGCGACUGCCUCGAGAUCAUGGAAUACCGUCAUGACUGGGCCAGCUUCCGAUUUACCAUUGGCCUGAUCAAGUUUUUCCUGCUUGGCAUGAUUCCUGAGCUGAUCAUGCACACUCGUUCUCAAGAUGAGGAGCAGGUUCGCGACCACUACGACCGUGGUGAUGACUUCUACGGCUGGUUCCUCGGCCCUCGCAUGAUCUACACUUCUGGUAUCAUUUCAGACAUUGAGAAGGAAGAGACCCUAGAAGAGCUUCAAGACAAUAAGCUCGCCAUUGUGUGCGAGAAAAUUGGCCUCCAGUCUGGUGAGAGGAUGUUGGAUAUUGGUUGUGGUUGGGGUACCCUCGCGCGAUUUGCCAGCGAAAACUAUGGUGCCCAAGUUACUGGUGUAACUCUUGGCCGCAACCAGACUGCCUGGGGCAACAGUGCCAUGCGCAAGGUUGGCAUUACAGAGGCUCAGAGCAAGAUUCUGUGCAUGGAUUAUCGGGAUAUCCCCGUACCUGAAGGAGGCUACAACAAGAUUACUUGUCUUGAGAUGGCUGAACAUGUUGGUGUUCGCCACUUUUCCAGCUUUUUGAACCAGGUUUACGACAUGCUCGACGACGAUGGUGUAUUCUUCCUUCAAAUUGCCGGUCUCCGGAAGCCCUGGCAGUAUGAGGAUCUCAUCUGGGGCCUGUUUAUGAACAAGUACGUCUUUCCUGGUGCCGAUGCGUCGACUCCUCUGGGCUGGGUUGUUGAUAAGCUUGAGGGCGCUGGCUUCGAGAUCAAGGGUGUUGAUACCAUCGGCGUUCACUACUCUGCCACUCUCUGGAGAUGGUACCGCAACUGGAUGGCCAACCGCGAGAAGGUGGAGGCCAAGUACGGCAAGCGAUGGUUCCGUAUUUGGGAGUACUUCCUUGCCUACUCUACCAUCGCUUCACGACAGGGUACUGCCACCUGCUUCCAGAUUACUCUUGUCAAGAAUAUCAACUCUACUCACCGAGUUGAGGGAAUCAACUCGCAAUUCGCCUUGUCUGGCGGCCUCAAAAACUUCAAGGGCGACCUCAAGGCCUGGGCUGCCAAGAAUAAUGUGGCCUCAUCCACCGACUUCCACUCCUAA